GUAUUGUAUUCUCUAUAAUUAGCACACAGAGCCCAUAUAAUAUAAAAGAGUACUUAUGUUUUCUACUGUUGUGUGAUUGCAGGCUGACAUUGUGACUGUGAAUCAAGAUGGCUGACUCUGACUCCCCAGGUGAGGAGCUUGCCAUUCCAUUCAUGGCCUGCUCCAUAUGUCUCAACCCAUACGACCAGGAUGAAUACCAGGCCAAGUUUCUACCUGGAUGCCACCACUCAUUCUGCAGCACUUGCCUAGAGGCCAUGUAUCAUAGAGACAAAUUUUUCAAAUGCCCCACGUGUCGAGGCACUGUCGUUAUACCCGAAACAGGCAUCAAAUCUCUCCAAGCGAACUUUUAUGUUUUACAAAUUCUCGAGGCUAAAACUGGAAGUGAUGGAUGUCGUUACCAUAACAACCAACUGUAUUCAUUCUUUUGUAAAACUUGCCAACACCAGAUAUGUAGAGAUUGUGUUGUGUUGAAUCAUAAAUCAGAAGAUGGACAUGAGAUACAAGAUAUCAAAGAGGCAACGAGGACCCAUAGACAUAUCCUUGAGUCUCGUAUCACAAAGGCUGAGAAUGGUAUUGCAUCAAAGGAAUUGCAAUCUAGGAAUCUUGGAACAGAGCUAUCAAAUCUAGAAAUAGCACGAGACAUUGCAAUGCAUAAUAUUAAAAAGACAUUUGAGGGAUACAUCAGUGUGUUAAACAAGAGGUGCCAACAAUUAUCAAGUGAUGUGAAUACUACAUAUGAGAGGCGUGCAGGACUGAUCCAAGACCACCAUCAGAAGGUUAAACACAGGACAGAACAGCUCCAGGAGGCCAAUGAAGAAUGUCGCGAUGCCAUACAGAGUGGACGGUUUGAUAAAAUAUUCACAAUUGCCAGUAAAAUGGAGAACUUGAUGAACAUAGAGAAUUGUAGUAAAACUGAAGAUCCGGAAAAUAUGGACAAUUAUAUUGAAUUUGAUGUAAAACAUUCAAAUGAAGUAUUUGACAACAUUGCCAAAACUCUUGGCAAAAUUACUGUUGACAAGAAACUACCAUCAAAUAUUAAAGUUGUUUCUCCACCUGGUACAGCUGGUUUUCCUCUCACAAUUAAAUUGACUGUUCGAAGCUACAGUGGAGAAGCUAUAGACACUGAUCAGUGCCCACUUGCUGUGGAUAUAAGGAGCCCCGCAGAUGUUACCCUUCUUGCUGAGACCAAAGGGCUUGGUGAUGGAAAAUAUGAAGUGACAUUUGUGCCAAAGAUGAGUGGGGAUCAUCGUGUACUGACAAGGUUUCAUGGCAAGGUGAUAGAGGGAGCCGAAGUUCUAGUCUCAGUUGACAGUAACGACCCUGUCAUGGCAUUUGGCAAACUGGGAAGUGAACCAGGUGACCUCAACAGGCCCACCUCCAUCACUGUAGCGCCAGAUGGUGAUGUUUAUGUAACAGAUUAUGGCAAUUGUCGUAUCCAGAGGUUCACACCUGAUGUCCAGGUGAUGAAGGGCGACUCUCGUAUAGCCACUUUAGCUGACACCAUCCAGGCUUACACCCCUGAUGGUAAACUCAUCAGCCAGUUUGUCGACAAGGAGAUGAAAGUCCCUUAUGCGCUUGCAAUCAACAGCCGCCAACACAUCAUAGUCAGUGACUUUGAAGAGCAUAAAUUAUUUGUGUUUUCCAAAGAAGGUCGUGUUUUGAAAACGAUUGGUGGCAAAGGCGCAGAACCAGGAAAAUUCUACCAACCAACAUUCAUCAGUGUGAUGGAGGAUGACUCAAUUAUUGUGUCCGACGCAGGAAACAAGCGGAUACAAAUCCUGGAUAGUGAUGGAAAAUUUGUACGAUUCUUAGCCUCUAAAAGAGGGAGCCACCAGGCAUUAUUUAAACGUCCUUCAGGUGUAGCUGUUGAUCAGUUUGGGCACAUUUUAGUGGCGGAUUGUGAAAACAAUAUAAUUAAGGUGUUUCACAAAGAAGGAGGGUUAAAGUCCUGUAUAGAGAGCUUGGGAAACCCCUUGGAUAAGCCCAGGGGGAUUGCCAUCUCUGAGGAUGGUUUCGUAUUUGUCAUUGAUUGGGGCAACCACUGUGUCAAGAAGUUCAAAUAUUAUGACCCGAGUCCUGCUGAAAUCAUUGUGUAAACAUGGUAAACCAAUACAAUUUGGUGUCUAAAAUCUCAUUGACUUUAAAAAUACAAGAAAGUUAAGUGAAACAGAAAGGAUAUUUCAUGCAGGAAUGACACUCUUUGUUAACAUGUUCAUUACCAAUGAUUUUGCAUGACAUACUAGUACAUGUUUAUGAUAUCAUGUCAAAUACAAAUUCAAGUAUCACUAUAAAAUGAUAAGUUUGAACUUAUGUCCUAAGAUUUUAUAUCAACUAUGGAAAUCUGAACACUCCAAGUCUCAAGUGAGUGUCCAGCUGUUUCAUGAAGUUCCAAAGUGACUAGCGCUCUGAGCUACCAACCAGGGGUAUUGUCUCUCUGUAGCAACUGUAUUCUAAUUGAGGGCAAAAGUGAUAAUUCAAAACCAUAAAGCUACAUAUAGCUUACAGAGAACUAUUUACAUAUGAUUUAUAUUGUUUUUAGUGGGUUUUUUAAUACUCAAGAUUUUGCGCUCUUUGGAGUACAAAAGCGCUAAAAACGAUAAAAAUCAUAUGUAAAUACAGUAGUUGUAUGUGACAUAGCUAGGAUACUAAAAAUCACUCCAUGUUGUGUGUACUAGCCUGUUUGUAAAUAUAUGGUUCAAAGUAAAAUGUGAUGCUGGCUAUCAUGACAUAAGUCUGGUGCACAGGCUGCAAAAUCUUAAGUAAAAUAAAUAUUCUGCUUUUACUUACACUCCCCUCCAAGUUUGGAAACUUGUACUAAGCUUGUAAAAUCCUGUAGAUGUUUGGAAUUACAUUAUUUCUUGAAUAAAAUCAGGUCAGAAAUUAAAGAUUCAAUUUUUUCAAAUUGCCUAUCACACACCUUUGUAAAUGUGGUCCAGUUGAGAAGUUAAUGUCAUUGCUAAACUUAUCAAGGGGAGUGUAAUAUCUUGUCCAGUUGGGGAGUUAGUGGCAUUGUUAAACUUAUGAAGGGGAGUGUAUCACUGUAUGUUGGUCUAGUUUUGAAUAACAAGAUUUUGUUGAGGCUGUGCAGUAGACUGAACAUACUGUAAGACAUGUACUUGCUGUGAACUAUACCAUAACCAGGGACAU